AUGGAAUCCCAUCGUCCUCUCCUCUUACCCCAUCACCGCCAUCAGUCAUCACCACCAGAUCGUUGUCGUUCUUCUCCACUGUCGCAAAAGCUCCAAAUCGUCGAGGCCACCAGCAGGCGCUCGCUGUCCCUAGCCAUUGUUGCGGUAGAAGAAAGAAGAAGAAGGAAGUCCAAUCGCCGUCCCCAGCCGUCGUCACUCCAGAUCGAGCUUCCCCACCAGAUCUGCAAGAAAUCAAGUAGCGUAGGGAAGCGACGCCAUCUCCCCUCACCGUAG